AUGUUGCGAGAAGUUUCGGGAAGGAAGAACGCCAUGAGUGACAAGCACGAUGCUGCAGCAAUGGACAAAAACCAAAAGAUCCAUUGCCAACCAACCGCAUCGCUCAAACUCCCACCUAAGACGGGUCCAAUGCUGGGUGCGCAUGUGAUCCUGAUCAAGUUCAACCUUAGCCGCUUCGAACAGGAUCCUCUCUCCGCUGGUGAUGCAACAUCUGUAAUGACACCGUAG